AGACCGUGUCAUUGGCUUGAUGAUGACCGCCUGCGAUCUCUGUUCUGUGACCAAACUCUGGCCAGUUACAAAACUGACAGCAAACGACAUAUAUGCCGAAUUCUGGGCUGAGGGUGAUGAAAUGAAGAAGCUGGGAAUCCAGCCUAUCCCCAUGAUGGACAGAGACAAGAAGGAUGAAGUCCCCCAAGGCCAGCUGGGCUUCUACAAUGCGGUGGCCAUCCCCUGCUACACCACCCUCACCCAGAUCUUCCCGCCCACGGAGCCUCUCCUCAGAGCCUGCAGGAACAACCUCAGCCAGUGGGAGAAGGUGAUUCGAGGCGAGGAGAGCGCAGUGUGGAUCUCUUCCCAAGCGGUGGCCCCAGGGACCUCCGAGAAGCUGCCUGUGAAGAUUGGUGACUGAUGGCCACCGGUGAGCUUCCCACCCCAACACACUCGUCUUCUUUCUUUGACUUUUCUUCCUUUUGUUUUUGUGGGGGAACCUACACCUGGUAACUGGGGUGCAAGCCUCUUCAGAAGGUACCAUCAAGUAAAUAUGUCAAGCAGAUGACUCCCUGCCAGUCUCAUCGGAAAUGCAUCCCCGACAGUGACAAGCAGGACCACCCCACGACCAGAAACCCGCUGUCCUCGUGACUCCAUCUGACUUGUGAACCGGCCUUUUCUAACAGGCUAAUGUUGCUGAGGCCUUAAUGGAAAUGGACAAAAUUAUUCAGAAGGGGGUACUUUUCCAUUGUAUCUUUCUAGUGAGGGUUUAAAAUGGUACUAUUAUGACAUUGUACUUUGGCUUGGACACCGAUGUUGCUUUGAUGUUGUUGGUUAUAAAUAGGAAUUCCUAUACAUCGCUAUUGCAAAUGUUCCUGCGUGACUACUUGUAAUUAGCGUGACUUGUAGCAGACAGCCCCGGGCGACUGUCCUCGAGGUUACACGUACGAAGUGUCUUUCUGCAAUCAGUGAUAGAAAAUAGUCAGUUUCCUGUUUCAGAGCUUCCCAAAUUAAAAGUUAGGGGGUCUCAAGUGUAUUCUCUCCGAACAUACUAAAGGGCUCAGACGAGUAAAGUUAACGCGAAAGGAAGGAAAUGGACUCUGCCCUCCUGAGAAGAGCUGCAGGCAUGCAUCAUGGUAAAUAAACCUCAGUCCAAGUGUCAAUUCAGAAGAUGUCAAAGGAUAUUUAAGUUUUUUUUCAUUGCAGUCUUGGCAAAUUAAUAAACGUUUUGCAUAAAGAACAAAAUAAAAGCAAGGCAUAUGAUUUUUUUAAAUGGGCAAGUCUUAAUGGAAUGUAAAAUGUGAACUUUUAAUAAUGAUUUCUUUAUAUUUUCACUUUGUGUCAUUGCAAAACUUCAGAUUCACAUUCAAAAUGAAAGGUUUAUUCUACAAAUUAUUUCAUUAAACUAACAUACAUAUCUCCUAAGAUCAAACAAAACCAUAAACUUGAAGUCUGUAAUUUUUACUCUGAUCUGCUGCAUUCAUGUCCCAUGUAUCCCCUUCCUACUCAUACCUCCUAAGCUUUCUGUCCGCGACCAGGAGCAGGAGAACGCAGUGCAAUUGCACCGUACCUUAUUUCUCUUCUCAGUACUUUGCCCCAGGUCCAGUAUCUACAUAGAAACCUGUGGUUUGGAGAGUUUCUUCUGUAUAAUUUUUCUAGACUGAUAUUACUCCACAAUGGUAAUGUUUUGAGAAAAUAUACAAAAGUGAUCGUCUGGACCCCUUCCUACAGGGAUUAUAAGCCAGUCACUGCUGGUGCAUACUAGUGCUGUAAAGAUGUUUAGCAUAAUGACAGGGUGACCUCCAAGCCUGUAAACCUGUGGUUAGUCCUGACCAGAAGGAAUUCGAUUGAGUCUCAAAAGGUGACAGGCUGGUCCAUAACAAGGAGCUUAUCCACCCUUCAUGUGGCAGGAAAUGGGAAUAACACUUUUAGUCAAAUCAAUUUUUAAAAUACUCAAUACCAUCCACAUUGUUGUUCAUAUGAGCAGGGUUUUUGUAAAAAUAGAUCAGUUGUUUCUACAUCAUGGUUCAUUUAUGUUGUAGCAAAGGGAGCUAUACAUAAACAUUGUUCUUAUUUUAAAGUUGACACUGUGUUCAGUUUCAUUAUGGGCUUCUGAAAGCUGUGUCUUCCCUCCAUGGCGCCCCAUUUUCUAUUGUAAUUAUACAAUAUGAGGUAAAAUGAAAUAACUAGAGAGAGAGAGAUGCCACUGCAGCCAGAUACACACACGUAUGUGUGUCAGAUACACACAUGUAUGUAUGUGUCAGAUACGCACACGUAUGUAGGCAAACGUACGUGUGACAUCUGUGUAAAACAAAAAUUAGCCUCAUCCUUCAAAAACAGUGGUUUUUCGUGUUGGAAAAUGAGUAUUGUUUGAUAAACAGCUGACUAGAAAGGGUCCUUUUUCACAUUAGUGUAUUCAUAAAAUUCAAUUCAAGAAGUUUCAUGUUUCUCUUGCAUCUAAAGUUAUGAAACGACCCCACCAAAUUCACCUUUAAUCACAAAAGUGAACUUAGCCGUCUAGUUACGUUGUAGACUGAAUUGCAAGGGCGGGUGAAUGUUAUUUCAGAUUGUUGUCUCACUGAAAGGAUUUUAAAAGAAUGCAUCAACUCUGCUGCUUGAUAUAGAAAAUGGUCCUGGGGGACCCUUGGGCUAUCUAGCGUUUUAAGGUUGCUGUUUGGAUAAGAUUAUUAGAGAAUAUUCAUUUAUUUCGAUAUAGUCAGGUCACAUUAUAUUAUGUGACCUCCACUUUAAACAGUUUCCCAAAGAAAUGUUGGUGGAUUUAUUGGUUGGUUGAUUUCUUGUGAAAUAGUGUCGUAACAGAAGGGAAGUUUGAGCAAAGGACUAUAUCCUAAUGUAAACUGUUAAUAUUGCUUUCAUCAUGUGUAAGGUUUACUUAGCAAUCAUAGAUCUACCUAGAAUAAAAGGGCCCAGAAUGAAGUGAUAUUUACUGAAUAUUCUGUUUUUUUGGGGAAAAAAUGAAGUUAGGAAUAUUUUUGUAUUUGGCAGAUAUAUUGAGCAGACAAACUUUUGACUUCUGUUCUAGUCUUUUUCCCAAAUCUUUUCUUAAAAGGCAGAAGGUUUUAUUACCAAAAGUUUGAUGAGUUUCUUAUUAAGGUGGUGUAUUUGGGGCCAAAGUUUCCUGUUCAGUAUAAAUUUGGUAACCAGCUAUAAGUGUAGGUAUACAGUGUUCGAUUUGCAGAAAUUUUCAUUGGUUGUGCUGAUUUUUAAUAGACAGUGUUUUAUUGUCAAAUACAAUUAUUCCAUUAUCUUCCAGAGAUAGUGAGUAUAUUUUUUCACGAGAAAUUUUCUUGGAAAUGCAUGCCAACAACAUGAAAUAUGGAACUUGGGCAGUGGAAUAAAAUUCUGAAAAAACGCUAGCAUCUUAUUAAUUAGUAGUUGACUUGUGGCUUAAUUAAUUAGAAAGACUGAAAAAGAAAUGCAGUGGAUGUGGAAAGUAAUUCUCACAAAUGGCCCUUUUGCUCGGGCGGGCAUGGGGCCACUUGCCAGCCUUAGUGAUUUCUAAGAAACGCAUGACAAACCGUUCUCCCCACUCAUUCCUGAGUCCUCUCCCAGUGGAAACAGCAUCUGUGCAGACGGUCAUAAUGCUACUCGAAGUGAAAGGUUCUCCUAACUACAAACACAACUAAUUUGAAACUAGAUUUGUUCAGUGUAGGUUUCCUCUUUUUAGCAUGCCUUUUAGAUUUUUUUUUAAAUGCUGUACAAUCAACCUUAGUGAAUUUUGUUUUAUUGUUAUGUUCAAGCACGCUAGAUAUGUUCGUACACGAUGCAUACAGAUACACAAAUCCUUAGCCUGGAUUUUUAACUAUAUUUUGUUUUGAGUGUUAUGUUUCUGGUCUUUUAACUCAAGAUUAAGGUUUGAGCUUUAAAUAGGACUAAAUCACUCACCAUGCCUUGGCCUGUGCCUUUAUUUUAAAUACUGUAAGUUUUUGUCUUCAUUCGUAUAUUAUUUUGCUUUUCUUGCUUAACUAUAAUUGGAGACAUUUACAGGGACACAGCCAUGGUUACCGUUAGCAAUUGGAGGGGCCAUUCGUCUCCUUAUCAGACGCCCGUCUCCUAUUUGAUUUCAUUAACUUACACCCUGUGACUUCAGCCAAGGAACUGCUCAGAUUCAGUCUUUCUUGCAACUUCCAAGAACUGUGACACUGGUUAUGAUGUGAUUUUGCUGGGUUCCAGGUACAUAUGCAUGAUUUAGAUUUUGAAAAUCAUUUCUGCCUUUAUAUAUUUUAAACAUGUGUUUGCUUUCUACACUCUGCUGAUUUAGGGUUUAAUUCUUUAAAGACGUUAAUUUAGUCAUAUUAGUGUACCCCUUUUAUUGCAAGUGUUAGUCUGAUUUUUAAAUCACUGGAAAAUGUAAAUUAGCCGAGGCUGCUACCAGUUAUUUCUCCGCUUGCCAGUGGCCCCUUGGCUGUUCUGUUUUUAUAUUUGCAUAAGUAUUUAUUCUGAUACAUACUUUGCUGGCUCCUUUAAAGACUUAUCCUAAGUUUAAAUUAGUGAUAUCCAUGCAGUAACACACUUUUUGUUUUCUGUCUUUUUUUAACUGCAUAUUUUGGUUGUCUGAAGCAUUAGGUACACAUAUUUGAUGAUAAAAUUAGGAAAAAAGAAAGAAAAUGUUUCAACUGUGUUCUGGUUCUAAAUUUAAAAGAUGGAAGAGAAAGACAUUUAUGUUUCCCCAGAAACAUGUUUAAAAUCCCAAGAAGCAUUACUGUCUUCACUCCAGUGCUAAGCUUUUUCCUCCUCGAUCCAACAGUGGGACACGGCGUGGUUUGCCAUGUCUCCUUACAGCGAGAAGGAGGGCAAUGCAGCUGGAAGCACGCAGACCCGAGUGUGGCUGUGCGGGGCCCAGGGCCGUGUGUCACCCCAGGAAGCAGACACACACAUACAGCCGAGUCCAGGUUGCCCAGAGAGAAGUCCGUUUACAUAUUGUCAGUUGUCAGCGAAUGUUUUUGAGGUACUGUGUAUUUGCAGAAGUCUAAAUGGGAAGUUUUUAUUUCUAUUGUAAAUUAAAUUUCAAUAGUGUAUUACCUAGUUCUCUAGCCCCCCUUAAAAUAUCAUGAUGUGAUGGGCAUUGCAGCAUUUGGUUUUUUCUUUCGUCACCCGAUACCCGGUCCUCUGCCAUAUCUCAAAUCGCCUGUGUAGAUGACAUAUGGGAGUAUUAUUUUCCAUAGGACCUCUUGUGUGGUGUGUAUUCUGUGUGUUUACUCAGUGUGCAAAUUGAAGGUACAAUAGACUUACCUGUAAGAGGCAUUGCUCCAAUGGCCCUAUCUAGUCAACAGAUCCAACCCAAUGAUCCACUUGAAAUAAUGCGCUUGCCCAAAACACAGUGAAAUAGUUACCAAAAUUUUUAGAAAUGCAGCAUCUUGAACCUUUCUGAAAAGAAAAGGGUGACUUUCUUUACAAGUCCAAAUGAUCAAGAGAUCCUGUGUCCCUAUCUAGCUGUGGCACAUAAGAAGUUGCAGGCGAUCGCCUCCCUGUUGACCAAAAGCCACGUGUACCACAGCGUACAUGCGUGUACCACAGCGUACACGCCGUCAACAACAGCGCGCGUAGUAAACUGGUUUGUGGAGUCAAUGGAUCUGUACCCAGAGUGCUGAUGGGCUCUCUUUUGGGAGGAGGAAGAAUUUUAAGUUAACAGCAUCCAACUUCGUUGUGGUCGAUGAGUGCAUAAAUUAAAAAAAAAAAAAAACA